ACUGUAGAUGAUAUUGUGUAUCUUUCUCUCUGUUCACUACAGGAGGCUCUGGCCCAUGUUAAUGCCCAUGCCGAGGUGGCGCGGCCACCAGUGGACCCAUCGGAGCUGUUCCCCAGGCUGUGCCACCUGGUGCGGGCCGAGACUGGCUACGGCUUCAACCUGCACAGUGAGAAGUCCCGGCCGGGCCAGUACAUCCGCUCCCUGGACCCUGGGUCUCCAGCUGACCACGCCGGGCUCAGACCACAGGACAGACUCAUAGAGGUGAAUGGGGUGAACGUGGAGGGCAUGCGUCAUGCGGAGGUCGUGGCCUUCAUAAAGAGAGGAGGAGAUGAGACCAGGCUGCUGGUGGUGGACCCUGACACAGACCAUCACUUUAAGAAGAUGGGCGUCACCCCGUUGGCCAGCCACGUCAAAGACUAUGACGGUCCGUCCAUAUCCAACGGCUCCCCCAGUCCUCAGAUCAACGGCAGCUUCACCAGCCGCUCCAUCCAGUCACACCACUCUGACCUGAGCAGUCCAGACAACAGCCUGCAGCUGGGAGAGGACGAGGCGAGCCGUCUGAUGGACCCCUUUGCUGAGAUCGGCCUGCUCCUGAGUCCCACAGCGGCUGAGGCCAAAGAGAAGGCCCACGCCAAGAGAGCCAAGAAGAGAGCCCCUCAGAUGGACUGGGACAAAAAACACCAGCUCUUCAGCAACUUCUGAACUUUUCUGCCACCCAAUGAGAGAAGCAGAAAGACUGUCGAAUUUGACAUUUCUGAAACUUACCUUCAACAUCCCUACCCGUUACCCCACCACCACUACCACCCAAUCCAACAGAAGAGAAUACGCAGAUAGAAUGUUGUUCUUUGAACGUUGGCAAUCCAACACCCACUCCCCCCUGCUUCCAAAAUGGACGGGAUGGAAUGAUGGGCAUCUCAUCCUUUACCCCUCCUUCAAUCCUCCCUUCUUCCACCCUUCUCUAUACCCUCAUCCCACCUCAGAGAGAGCUUGUCUGCUGGACUGAACUUGUCUGCUGGACUGGACUGGAAUAAGAGACUCAAGAUUAGCAGCUUCUUCUGAAUCCUCCCGUCAUCAUCGCUCUUUCCCUAAACCAUCCGAUGUCCCUCCUCUUCUACCACUAACUCCCACUUCCUCUGAGGACUGCUCUGGAGAGAGGAGGCACUUAUUUUUGUAUUUAGAAAGUAGAAAAGCACCAUAAUAGGUGUUAGCCAGCCCAGCUAUAAGGAGUAUGGGGAAUAUGGACUAUGUGAGAUGUUUGUGAACACUGUGACCUGAUCUUAAACAUUGGGGUUUGUUUUGAUCCAGUAAGAGAAGGAACGUACGCCCAAAGAUGGAUAAAACUUUUCCUCCCAUGAUCCUCCUGUGAUUUUAUUGUGUGAUCGAUGCGCCUCAGACUUCAAGGAUUCGCUCACCAGGAAAAGCACAAACUGGAGGCUAAAUAGCAUCGCUUCUGUAUCAUCUCUGUUUGUAUCAAAACAUCUGUUUUCUCAUAAUGUCAUAACAUUUCCACUUUGCUCCCUAUGUUGGAUAUGAACUGGUAUUCAUAGAUGGUGUUAACAAUGCAUAGACAAUCAAAAGCCUUACUCCAUCCAUCCCUCUCAAUAUGAUAGCAUUUAAGCUACAUUGACUAAAUGCAUGUAUACAUGCACACACACAAGCCCCCUAUGAUUCUCUAGCCUAUAGGCCUGCUUCACUCAUUCUAAGGCAGUUUUAGUUCAAUAGAGUGAAUAGAGUGAAGAGUGAAUAGAUCAAGCAUUGAGUUUUUUACACUGCCUGUCUAGUACACCAGGGGGUGCUAAUAAGACACACAGCAACAUGAAGCCACUACAGUGCACUGCUCCGAGAUGUAUGAGGAUUGGGACAUGAAAGUACCAUAGAAGGAGAAGAUAGUCUGGGGAUGAUAUGACCACUUUAAAGAUGUAUGAGAUCUAUGUAACACCUUGUAACAUUUACGUAAAGCCUGCAGGUAUCAUGUGUUAUUACUAGUUAUGAGUAUCUAUCAUGCUUUAUUACCUGUUAUGAGCAAACAUAAUGCUUUAUUACUUGCUAUGAGCAUGUAUAAUGCUUUAUUACUUGCUAUGAGCAUGUAUAAUGCUUUAUUACUUGUUAUGAGCAAAUAUAAUGCUAUAUUACUUGCUAAGAGCAUCUAUAAUGUUUUAUUACUUGCUACAGUAUGAGCAUCCAUAAUGCUGUAUUACUUGUUAUGAGCAUCUCCAUCUAUGAGCCGAACACCUUUUAUAUGCAAAAGUAUAGAUACAAAUAAUGUAUGAAAUACCAAGAUGGAUAUUGUACGGGAUUGAAAGUGAGCCCAGAGUAUCAAAGAAAGCUUACAUCAUUCAGUGUUGAUGUGAUGUUGUGGUAAUGUUAUGCUCAUGUUGUGGUACAGUGAUGACAGACUGACAUAGUGCUUGUAUCAGCUACUCCAGACUGGGUGUCUUUCUGUUGCACUUCAGAAGGGAAGGACACAGUUAUUUUUGUACAACAUGCCUGAAUGCUGUGGAUGGUGGACCGGCUGUGGUAUCAAGGGCUUUGGUAUGUGAGUAUAGCCUGGUCGCAAAUCUGUUUGUGCGGUAUUGCCAACUCCUAUGGUCAUUAUCAAGAGGCGUCACACAACAAUAGCCAUAGGAGUUGGUAAGACAGCACAAACCGAUCUCGGACCAUGCUACUCUGAGCUAUGGGGCUAGGGGGUCUGAUCAGUGGGCCUGCCCAGUGGGUGUGUGGGAGAGGCCUAUCCUGGAGGUCAGACUCAGAGAUGCUCUAAUGAAUGAGACCAGGGGAGCCACAGGACUUACAGGAGAUUAGUCCUAGCAUAGGAUAGCAUGGGGACAGCUGUCCUGCGCACAGACACAGACGGACCCCAGACCAAACCACUGUCACGCCUCAUAAGGGGGUGAAGGUCAAGUUUAUCUUACUGUGUGUGUGUCAUCCACUGUUACGGAUAGUAAUCUCAGAUCCCCCCGGUCGUUCAUAUUGUGGUAGGAUCUACACAAAGAGAACACUCCCCAGACCAAACCACUGCUACAUCUCAUACGGGGGUGAAGGGAGAUAGAAGGGAAAGUUUGUCUCUGUGUCAUCCAUUGUUACUAUUCACCCAGGGUCCGUAUAGUGCCGAUCUAGGAUCAGUUUUGCCUUUUAGAUCAUAAUUAAUAAGAUUAUAUGGACAGGAGGGACCUGAUACUAGUUCAGCACUCCUACUCUGAGACGCUUUCUGAAUACGGGCCCAGGUCCCCCCUGGAGGUUCAUAUUGUGGUAGGAUCUGAAAUGCGGGUCCCUGGUUGGGCUAGGUCUGAGGUACAGGCCAGGGUCAGCUGUGCUAUGCGGCGCCCACACCACACUUAGGACGGAGAGAAAUGUCUGAUCUGUUUUCAUAUAUUGCACAAUUAAUUUUUUGUUAAUAAGCAUAUUGUCAUUACUAUUACACAUAAUAGUACAGAAAACAGUUUUUAUUUCUCUGGUUUCCAUUUGUGAUCUAGCACCAAUGUGUUUGCAUAAGGGUUUUGACUAUUGGUCCAUAUGAUGAGCUGACCGUUAAACCCUGAGCAGAAUGGUGUAUGACCCAUGUAUAUUUACAUUUUAGUCAUUUGGCAGACGCUCGUAUCCAAAGCGACUUAAAGGAGCAAUUUGGGGUUAAGUGCCUUGCUCAAAAGUUUGUUGACAGAUUUUUCACCUAGUCGGUUUGGAGAUUCAAACCAGCGACCUAUCGGUUACUGGCCCAAUGCUCUUAACCACUAGGCUACCUGCCUCCCUACGGUGUAUAUAUAUGGCAGGUUGUAUUUUUUCAAUAAAGUGUGACAAUCUCCUUCUGGACUAUAUGACA